AUGGCCAUCGUCAGAGCAUGGGAAGGGUUUGGGGGCAGGAAAUGGGAGCUGCCUCAGGAGGUUGUUCAGCUCCCCCUGGAUUUCGUAAAGCAGCUCUGUUUAAAGAUCCAGGCAGAGAGACCAGAAUCUCGCUGUGAUAAAGACUUGGACACUCUCAGUGGUUAUGCAAUGUGCCUUCCAAACCUCACCAGACUACACACCAGCCAUUUGGCAGAACACCGGCCCAUUCUCUGUGUAGAGAUUAAGCCAAAAUGUGGAUUCAUUCCCUUCUCCAGGCAUGUGACCCAGGAGAUGAAGCACAAGGUGUGCCGCUACUGUAUGCAUCAGCACCUGAAGGUUGCAACUGGCAAAUGGAAACAGAUCAGUAAAUACUGUCCCUUAGACCUCUUCUCAGGAAACAAACAGAGAAUGCACUUUGCCUUGAGAAGUUUGUUACAAGAAGCACAGAACAACCUGAAGAUAUUUAAGAAUGGCGAGCUCAUAUACGGCUGCGGGGACCGCCGGGACUCAGCCGCGGACUGGAAUGAGCUAGCCGGCCACCUGAAGCCCUUCUUCUACCCCUCCAAUGGGCUGGUGGGCGGGCCGCACUGCACCAGGACCAUCAUUAAGGAACUCAUCCAAGUGAUCACGCUAACCCUGCUCAGCAGCACGGACAAGUGCCGGGCGGGGGACAUGAAGGUGGUCCCCGCCUUGCAGGGGAGGAGCUGCUGUGAAGCGAGUCCCUUCAGCAAAGAGCUGCUGAGAAAUGGGAAAAGCCACGCGGAGGGCUCGGGGCUGCCCAGGGGCUGUCUGCUCUACAAAACUCUGCAGGCCCAGAUGCUGGACCUCCUGGACAUCGAGGGCCUUUACCCGCUCUACUGCCGCGUCGAGCGCCACCUGCAGGAGUUUCCCGAGGAGAGGGACCUGCUCCAGAUAGAUGGACCUUACAACGAAGCCUUUUACCAGAAGCUCCACGACCUCUCCACGGAAGAUGAUGGGACCCUGGCCUACGCCCUGACAAAGGUCCAGCAAUACCGAGUGGCCAUGACUGCCAAGGACUGCUCCAUCAUGAUCGCGCUGUCACCCUGUCUGCAAGAUGAGUGCUCUGACCAGCGCCCUGUCAUCCCCUCAUCGAGGGCCAGAUUUACCUUCUCCGUCUCCGUCCUCGAUCUGGACCUCAAGCCCUACGAAAGCAUCCCGCAUCAGCACAAGCUCGAUGGCAAGAUCGUCAGCUACUACCUGAAGAAUGCGCCCCCCAAGAAGGAGCCAGUGAAGGCGGGCCUGCUCGCCGAGCCUGAGGACUGUACCCUGGUUCUGCACAAGGUGUAGCGGCUGGCCUGGGCGGAGCCAGCUGGGGCAGGGCGGCAGCGGGGCCAGGGAAGUUAGGCUGUGAAUGUUUUUGCUCUGACCACACUGGAAGUGGGAUUGCCUUUCAGAGAUGAACAGGAGCACCUGAAGGAAUGCGUGGCCUGUGGGUGAGGGCUGGGCCAUCCACCUGCUGCAGCCUGGUGGCGGGGGCUCCCCUCGUCACCUGUGGGGCUGCAGUGGGGAAUCCGACUGGACUUUGUUCCCUGAUAAACUAGGGCAUGAACUUCCCACAGAGCUCCGCUCCUCUGCUGCCCUCUGUCCCCUGCCCCCUCCCAGAAGUGCCCUUGUCUCUGCCCCGCGCCUGCGGUGGCGCUUGCUGCGUGUCCCUGCACCGAGGGGCAGCCCCUGAGACCCCCUGAGCGGCCUGGGCCCGGCCGCCACCGGGGGUCUCUGGUUUCCUAUUGAUCGGUGGGCUUGGGUGCAGGGGGAGGUGGUGGGUGAUUUCCCACGUGCUGCUAUUGAAAAUUACGGCCAAGAUGGUGAAGCUGGGGCGUUUGGAAGCCCCCAAAUGCAUUUAUUCUCUUGAGGGUUUUGUUUUCAGAUCAAGCUUCUUUUCUAAUUAGACCCAGCAUCGAGGCUUGAACUCCUUUACAAGGAGGUGAAUUUGUGGUUGGAAGGUUUGUGUGCUUCGUAACGGGCAAUUGGCUGCUCCCUCUUGGCUCUCAGGUUAGGCCGGGAGAGCCUCAACUUGUGCCUGGAGUCCCCUCCUCCGUGCCCACCCCACCUUGGGCCUGUGAGGGGUGGGGCCCCACCUGGACAAGGCUCCUCUCUAGGGCCGCCGCCUCGCCUGUGAUCUUGAACCCGUGUGUGCUAAGCUUGGGGCUGGCUGAAUAUCGAUGUCCCUCUUGGGGACAGAGGAGCCAGCCCUCUCCUCCUUGACGGUGAUCCUCUUCAGGGAAGGUCUGUUCAUUAAGCCUAGAGAGAGUCUUGUGUGGAUACCGUGCCCUGAGUAAUGUGAAUCUGGAUCGAUCCCUGUGCCCCCUUGUGGUUCUGCCUGGGCCUAGACACGCCCAUGAGGGAGACCCUUCCCCUCUGGCUGGCAGCCAUUCCCCCGAGGUGUUUUCUGUAGGUUCAGAACUCACCUGCCUUUGGAGAGCAGUCAGGGAUUUGCGAGGCUCCAUGGUCAGCCAAGAAGGAAUGAGAUUUCUUAAGGUCAGGCCAAGCCCCUGGGCAUGGGCCAGGGCAGCCCGUGUUUUCUGAGGGCUGCUCUCUCCAGGUGGGCAAGUCAGGAUUGAAAUGAGUCCCAGCCCAGGUGGGCCCUCCCACACUGACCUCUUGCUCCUCCAUACACACUGACCGAUUCUUGUGCUCUGACUCCAUCGGCAGCUGGGUUUUCCCCGGGCCCCACGUGUGUCUGGGGAGAGGCAGAGACCAUCUAAGGGCCAACACCCACCCCCUUGCUGGACUGUGGCCUGUGGUCACUGCUACCUUCGGGUGAGAAGGAGGGGUGGGCAAAGCAUGGGCUCCAGAGGCCGUUUUGGUGACUGACUGCACCGUGGCGGGCCAGCCCUCAGCGGCCUCUGUGGUGAGAAGGGAGGGCCGGAGGAACAUCCAGCCUACGGGGACUGGUUCUGUGGUGGUGAGAGGCCCCAGUGAGCGCGCCCGGGAGGGGGGCGGCCCCGGCCUGGCCUGAGAGGUAGCUGGAGCCCGGACCUGCAGGCCCCCUGGAAUGGACUCACUCGUAUUUCGAGAAUCCCGGGGUUUAGAAAACGUUAGGGACACACGACCACUGCGGCGCGAUGCCGACGCUCAGCUUCUUUGUCACGUACACUAGCGGGCCUCUCGCUUUUUAUUUAAGUGGCUCUAUUUAUUUUUCCCGUCAUGACGAUUUCUCUCACGUGCCAUACUUGUACAGAGCAUGGAGGAGGGUUUGGUUUCUAAAUGGAGAAUCGCAAAUGUUUCUAUUCAUUAUAACUGUCAGCUCCAAGAGCAGAUUCCUCAUUAAAGAACCUUCCAACACAG